AUGAUUUAGGAGAUAUGAUAUAUAUAUAUUCCAAAGUUCUCCAUCAAGACUUCCUACAACCUGAAUGAUGUGCUGUCAAAAAUGGGAAUGAGAGACAUGUUUGGUGAUUGUGCAAAUUUGAGAGGCAUUUCAGAGGAGCAAGGACUGGCAGUCUCAGAAGUUGUGCACCAAGCUACGCUGGACGAGGCAAUAGCCACCACUGCCGCCGCCACAGGCAUCGGCAUCGCAGUGUCGGCUGUCCUCGUGGCCCCUGUCCCUGUGUUGAAGUCCAAUCGUCCAUUCAUGGUCAUCAUCAUUGAACGUAACACGGAGGAAAUCCUCUUCAUGGGCAAGAUUAUCAACCCAACCAUCUGAUGGAUCAUUACUUUGUGUUUGCUCGAGCAGAGCUGUUGCAUCUCAUAUAAAGGAGUCA